AGAAGGAAAAGCUAUAAGGACAAAAUGAGACAUAACACAGAGAGCGGGAGGGGGGAGAGGAUUAUUUACCGUUUUAAAACGAAUAAAUCUGUAUUGUGAAUCUGGAACAGAGCGAGAGAGAGAGAGAGAAGGGGAGAGAGAGAGAGAGAGAUAGAGAGGAGGAGGUUCAUAGCGGCUGCAGACAAGCAAAGAAGAGUGUGAGAGAAAAAAGACCAUAUAACUGUUAUGUUAUUUAUUUUGAAUAUUUCUUAUUGUGAAGUUUUUUUUAAAAACCUGCUUCAAAAAUGCCCCGAGGACAAGAUGUAAUCUGGACAUGAAAUAUACAGAUACAGGUUUGUAGGGAUGGCAGAUGUCAGCUGGGCCCGUGUGUCGUGGGACAGAAGAGGAGUUAGCACGCUGCUGCUCCUUUGGAUUUUCAUACAAUUCCCUCCAUCCCUCCUGCAGCCUCCUCUCCCUCUCUCCCUGCCAGUCCACAUGUCGGUCAUCCCUCCUCCCUGGCAGGUCCUCCCUUUGUCCCAGGCGGAGCUCGGCCCUCUUUUCUCCAACUCCAGCCCCUUCUCCUUCUCCCAGAGCCUGUUCAUGGUGCCCCCACACAGCCGGGCUCCCAGACCAGGCCUCCAGGCUUCAUUUGGCCCUUACUCGGUCACACAGCUCAUAUCAGAGCCCACCCCCUCUCUGCCUCCCCUUCUGUCCGCCUCCCUCCUCUCAGAGCAUGUGGACAGAGAGAGGGAUGAGAGGGGGAAGGAGAGCUUCAGGGUGAGGACACUGUUCCACAAGCGGGGUGACACCAGCGCCCGAGAGACCUGCAUCACCCUGCAUGCCUUCAAGGAGACAGAGGAGCACAAGGCCUCCUGUAUGGCACAGCCUCCACUGGGGCUGUGCGUGGCAACUCUGACACUGCCCAGUGACUGGUUUGAGGGUCAACACGGCAACCAAUCACAUCAGGAUUUGGACAAGUGGCACAGUGGCGUCCACCGUCAUGGCUCGGUGCAGAAGCGGGAAUGGCAUCGGGGCAGGCAUCAUCACAGCGGCCAGAGAAACCAGAUACAGCUUUACUACUCAUCCUUUGACACCGUCGCCAACUCGGAGCUGUCGCCACAAGGAUGUGUGGAGGAAAGAGCGGCUCCAUCCCAGAGGCAGCUUUUUCAUAUUAAAGCAGUGACACUGAAGGAGGAGGAGAGGAAAGAAAGAGAGGAGAGCAGGACCAAAGAAGAAGAAACCUGUCUGAACGGGCAGGAAGAGGAGGAGCUUAACUUGGACUCCCAUGUUGUGGUUCGUUAUCAGAAAGGCCUGGUCCUGAUAGGACAGCCAGCCAAGGUGUCUGUGAAUCUGAGAACCAACUUCAGUGCUGAGUUUGUUGUCAUAAGGCUGAAGGUGAAGAAGGGCUUGGUGUCAAUGGUGGCUCAGAGAACUCUGACCUCUGACCUGUGGGCAGUGACACUGGAAAAAAGCCAAGGCUCCAAACAUGAUGUGUUGUCCAUCUUCUGCCACAAACACAACGCGCUCAAGCACACACACAAUCCCACUCACCUCCAGCAGGUGGCGUGUCUGUCAGUCGACGCCCUCAGGCAGCGCUUUGGUGUUGCCAUGGCAGUGUCUGCUAACUGGUGGGUGGAGUACUCCGGGUAUAGAAACCCCCAAUCACCACAUGGGGCAGCAGAGAGCAUCUUCUCAUUUGCUGAUCGACACAUCUUUGGAAUCGCUCCCAUUACAGAGAGUAACAUGAUCAUCAACACAGCCAUACUGACAAACCAGCCUGUGUCACUUCCUGUCAUCGUGCUGGCCGUAAGUCGUGAUGGGAAGGUGUCCGACGUCACCUCUGCUGUCACUUGUCACUCUACCAAUGAGAACAUUGUCAAGGUGACCACCGAUUGUUCCACCCUCUUUGUGGACGGUAGCGAGUCAGGGUUGGGUAACACCUGUGCGAGGGUGGAGUUUCUAUUGGGCACACUCCGUGGCUCUGUGUGCCUGGAGGUGUGGGCUCCCUCUGUACCCCUGCGAGUCUCCUUGGCAGACCCCGUUCUCAAUGCCAUCGAUGGAUGGAACCACUUCACAGAGACUGGAUGUGUGCCGGUGUAUCAGCGCUCCUCAGUUCAAGUUCUGACUCAGUUCACAGCCCAGGACUCCCACAGCAGAACUGCACAUCUCCUGGACUCGUCUGAUUGGUUCGUGGAUGUUACCGAGCUGGUCCUUAAGUUGUUGAAAAUAGAAGAUCCUCUAGUGGCUCGCCUUGGCACAGAGAACAACUUGAUUGGUUUACAACCAGGAAAGACAUCACUCAGUGUCAUCUCAGAGCAGUGGGAUGGUGUGCUGGGUAGAUGCGAUAUCACUGUGACCUCUGACCCUGUUACCCCCGGGGACCUGUCUGUGCAGGUGGUCAGCGGCCUUGGCAUGUCAGUUAUGGCAAAUCCCGCCCACCCUUCCAUGAUCACAACAACAGUGACUGCCUACAACAUCCUGUAUAACCAUAAGCAGGAGGCGACCAUCAGUGUCUGGCUCCAGUUCAGUGAUGACACCGCCUCCCUCCUCUCCUCCUUCAGCGACCUUCCCUUUUUCCUGCAUCUCUCCUCAUUGGCUGAGACAGUGGUCAUGGUGACGUCUGGCCCAAGCCAACGCAUCUUUGCUCAGGGCGACGGAGGUGGGCCUUUACUGCGUGCAGAACUUCUGGUUUCAGCCUGCACUGACCAGCCAAUCACUUCCAACUCUAUCAGUGAAGGUGAAAGGGAUUGGAUGGACAAUGGAGGAAGAGGCCGGACCAGGAGGCUGGCUAGAGGAUCUGGUUGGAUAAGAGUAAACCUAGACCUAGGCUUCCAGCAGCCAGUGGGGGAGAAGAAUGAAGAUGGUGAGGAGUUUGAGUUUAACAUUUCAGACACACUGGUUGAGUCAGACGGUGACAUCUAUGUAUCAAACUUUGACGACGACGAAAGUGUGAACGCAAGCAGUGACUAUUCUGACAAAACGAGUGGGAAGAUGAUCGAUAGAAACUGGAACGCAGUGGGGAGCAGAGGGAUGGUCAGUCGGAACAAUCUGGAAAGAGCUAUGCUGAUCCCGAGUCAGGAGGAGAGUGUGUACUUCUCCCCGAGCCAAGAGAAAGAAGGAGACGAGGAGGAUGAAGGGCAGGGAGUUCAAGAGCUGGAGGUCGGUGUGGGUGCCGUCCUCUCUCUGCUCUGUCUCUCUGCCAUCCUCUUCCUGGCAAACUGUCUGCCCUGUGCCCUUCGAGACAGGAAAAGGAAAAUGAAAGAGGGGGAGAGGGAAGUAGAACUGGAAGGAGGCACAAAGGAAGAAGAGGCAGAAGAGAAGAAGAAAACAGAGGAAGAGGACAGAGAGGCAGAAGAAAGAAAGAAGACAGAAGGUGAAGACAGGAUAAAGCAGCCACAGGAGGAGAACAGUAAAGAGGAUGUAAAGGAAGUAGAGAUCAUUUGUUGAUAUACGCUCAGGCAAAGUUGAAUAUCUGCAAACCACUGGUCACUUUCGAACAAUCACAGCAAAGUCAGUAUUGGAACACUAUUAAACAGACUACAGCAUCGCUCUCAUAAGCACUUUACAGACUGUGGUCACUCUGCUCAAUAUAUAUUUUUGUCACCCAAAGUAAAACGUUUUUAUUUUUCAGGGUGUUGCAUCACGUGGCUUGCUUAGAAUGAUGUGACACAUAUAACGUGUAAAAUUCUGAGUUGAAGCUGAAUCAAAUAGGUCCAAAUCUAGUCUUUGUUCAGUCCAUCCAUUCAGCCUGACUCAGAGCUUUUUGUGAACUGAUGACUAAAUAUAUAAAAAAACUGAAUCAUGCUUUAUAAGAUCUCCAUAGUCCCCAUGAGAGCAGCCAACAUACCAUACAUCAGGCAUAUCCAAAGUCUGGCCCAGAGGCCAAUCAUGAGCUGCGUCAGAUUCAAUGUGGCCCGAAGGUUAAUUAUUAUAAUAUAUUAUUUAUGGCCUGUUAGGAUUGUCAGAUACUGUGUGGCUGGAAGAUUUGGCUUUUUUGG